AUGAAAAUGAUUAAUACUACUACUAAUACUACUAUUACUAAUACUACGACUACUACUAAUACUAUAAAUAUAAAUAAUGAAAAUCAAACAUUACCUUAUCAACUUGAUCCAUUAUCAAAUAAUCAAUUUUUAUUAAAUUUAACUAAAAUAUUUCAUGUAUCCAGUAUACCAUUAGCUAUAUUUAUAUUGAUAACCAUAUGUAUUUUAUGUUUAACAUUCAUUAUAUUAAUAAUUUUAUAUAUACGUACAUUCAUGCAUAAAAAAUAUAUACCGAAAGUAUAUAAAAAAAGAGAACAACCAAUCUACAUAGAUGAUAUACCAGGUUUAAUCAAAUUUAAUAAUAAUAAUAAUAAUGAAUUACAUAAUUAUGGUACAAUAGAAUAUUCAUUAAAUUAUAAUUUAAAUACAGAAGAAUUAAAAAUUUGUAUUAUCCAAGCAAAUAAUUUACCAGUAAUGAAUGAACAAGAACCAUUAAAUCCAUAUGCUACAAUUUCAUUAAUGAAAUAUAAAAACAAUAAUUCACAAUUACAAAUGAUGAAACCAAUUCAAUUUAUAAAUAAAAAAUAUACUACUAAUAUCAUAUAUCAUUCAAAUAAACCAUGUUGGAAUCAAUCAUUUCUAUAUAAAUUAUCAAUAAAUCAAUUAAAAUAUAUCAUUAUUUUAUUAGAAAUCUUUCAUUAUAAUAAUCAAUAUAUUGAUCAAUUUUUAGGUCAUUUAAUGAUUCCAUUAAAUCAAAUUAAUCAUAGUGAAUAUAUUGGGAAAUUUUAUGAAAAAAUUGAUUGGUUAUCAAUGAAUAAUAGAAUUUAUCCAUAUAAUAUUGGUGAAAUUUGUAUUGGUUUAGGUUAUUAUACCGAUACAUCACGUAUAGAUUUAUGUAUCUUUGAAAUUAAAAACUUAAUCUUAAAUAAUAAUAAUAAUAAUAAUAAUAAUAAUAAUAAUAAUAAUGAUAAUAAUAAUAAAUGGAAAUCAAUAAAUCCCCUAGUAACUGAAUUAGAUCUUAUUAUAUAUAUAAAAUAUAAUAAUCAAUUAUUACAUAAAUAUAAAACACAAUCACGUAAAGAAUUAAUUAAUCCAUAUUUUAAUAAAAGAAUAUCAUUUCAAAUAAAAGAGAAAUAUAUUAAACAUUUAUAUAUUAUUAUACAAUUAAGACAAAUUCAUAAAUGGUCAAUGAAAAAAAUUAUUGGUGAAUUAUGUCUUAGUUUAAAUGCAUUACAAUUAAAAAGUAUAAAACAUUUUAAUGAAAUAAUUAAAUUACCUAAUCAAUUACAUGUGAAAUGGCAUCCAAUUUAUCCUAUCACAACAACAACAACAACAAAUAAUCAAUCAUUUCUAUUCGAUUGGUUAUGUUUUGAUCCAUUUUCUUCAUUUUUUAAUUAA